AUGGAGCACACGACAUUAGCGAGCUUGCAGGCGGCAUCCACAUCAGGUGUCAACCCUUUCGAAGCGCUCCUAGGUCAUCUUGCGAGCACUCUUUAUCCGACGCCCAGCCACGGCUUCGAAGCACGGCUAUGGACACUCUCAGCGCUAUCGGGCGUUCACAUCAUCGUCAGCAUCGUCUUCAUGAUAGUCUCGAUGCCAAAGGGUAGGUUCUAUUUCUUCAAAGUCGUCAAGCGAUCCGAGGGCAGCUUUGUCGCCAUGAACCCGCUUUUCGAGCUCAUGCUAGAGACGCUCUCUGGCGGUCUGAUCAUCUAUUCUUGUGCAAUGUACUAUCGUGCCUACAUCAGACGAGGGGACUUGAGCAGCAUCGUCCCUCUACAUGCGCUCACCUGGGUCCCGCUUUGGUCAGCCUACUGGAGUCAUAUCAUUGCCAACAUUCAAGCGCUGUCUAUCAUGCCAGCGAAGACGAUCGUGCGCCCAUAUCUGCUCACCUGGCUGGCGUAUGGCGUGCCCUUUGUCAUCUUUGUACCGGUCGUCACCCUCGCAGGAAUUGCGUGGCACCAAUGGCUGCACAUUCUCGACCUCAUACAUGCUUUACAGACCAACCUCCGACAAGGCGAUGCGCUCUACCAGACUGAUCCUGCGAGCGCGAUAGCGUAUCUGCAGACGCUUACGCCGCAGCUGCAGUCACUGUCGCAGUCUGAAGAUCGUCUGGCUCUCUACGCAAAAGCCAUCUCAGUGACCUGGGUCAUCAAGCUCGUCGUCGCUCUCGUUGGAACGUACUUCUCCGUGGCGAUGCUCAAACAUAUUUCUGCGACGCUCGCUUAUCAUACCAGAGGCAACACCCAACGUGUGACGGUGCCCGACGAGAUGGUCACGCUGGACGUGAGCCGCAGCGAAUUCAAAUCACAGCAUCUUGAGCCAGGUCGCGGGAUAGCGUCAAUGAUCCAGCGCGAUGCCGAGCGGGCCACUCGCAUCCAGCGACUGACGGGCCUCAAAUGGGCCAUUGCUGUGCUCAGCAUCGUCGGAACGAUCGUCUGUACUGUCAGCCUGGUCGCCGCUCUCAUCACUGCUAUCAGGCCGGCGGAAACACUCGAUCGGUGGCCAGUCAACGAAUAUGUAUCACUGGGGAUAUCGUGGGCGUAUAUCAUACUCAUCAUUCCUGCCAGGAUAGCACAGAUCACGCAACAUCUGCUUCAGUCUAAGCGGCAAAAGGCCCAGGUGACUCAAGUAAACGGGUCAGAAGACGAUUGCGACAAGGACGCUAGCACGAUGAAAGGAUCAGCCGAUUCUCUCGGCCUCAAGCUAGAGCUGCCCACCCAGGCCAUCAACGCCCGCGCUGCGAAGCCCUCGUCCGACCUCUGGCAGCCACCGAGCGGUUCAGAUGGCGUUGUCCGCACGCCAGACGAUUGA